AAGACUAAACUGAGGGUUCAAAUGGCCGACGUAAGAACGUCAACUGUACGUCACGAAAACACCAGGAAGCGAUAGUCAGUACGUGGCCUUUUCAUCUUGGACCAUACAACAGCAGCUUGCUUCAUACAAAAUGGAACUCGAGGCAAUGACCAGAUACACCAGCCCGGUGAACCCGGCUGUGUUCCCCCACCUCACUGUAGUGCUGCUGGCCAUCGGCAUGUUCUUCACUGCCUGGUUCUUCGUCUAUGAGGUGACAUCGACAAAAUACACCAGGGACGUCUACAAAGAGCUGCUGAUCUCCCUCGUAGCUUCCCUUUUCAUGGGCUUCGGUGUGCUGUUCUUACUACUCUGGGUUGGCAUCUACGUAUGAAUUUUUGGGUGACUGAUUUAGAAGAAUGACACAUUCCAGUGUAACCAAGGACAUCACACACAACACAAACUGGAUUUAAUUGGACUUCACUGACAAUAUUUUGGGAUCAUAUGGACUCUGGUUUUCUUUUCACAAGUAAAGUGGAUUUGUACAACC